ACGGUCGAUCGUUCGUUCUCGUCGAUUCUUUCGCUUCUGUUCGAUUACACGCGAAUUAAUUUCUCGUUGUUCGUUUCGAGGAGUUCUCUGGACUCUGAAGAAGCUUUAUUCGUUCGAUACGCUCAAAGUAGUUCGAGGGGAGGAGAAAGUCGAUCGCGUCCGUCGCGUCGCCUCGCGUCGUCUCGCGAUGUUUAUACCGUAUUAACGGUAACCUGCACUUUGAAUUCGAAGCGGGGUCGAAGUGUGGCAAUUUCAGUCGACGAUUCGAUCGUCGAGGUGAGUCGAUAACGAAGCACGCGGAACGAAAUUUGAGAGAGUUGGAUCGAGUUGGAGGCGAGCGUGUUCCACGCGACUGUAGAGCAACGUCGAACAGCGGAGAUUUCGGCGUUGCGACGCCGAUCGCGAACAGGAGGAUGGAUCGUCGAGAGGAAAGCGACGAUGGAGGCACCGAUUGGCGACGCGAGAACGAGUUUGGAUGGAAAAUGGAAAGAUUCGAAACGCGGUAUCGGCGGUUAAACCACACCCCGACGUGACGAGAUUUGACCAGCCAUUAGAUGCGAGUAGGGAAAGAGAAGAGGCGGGACGAUGCUGCUCGAUCCCAGAGAAUUUACACGGUCUCUAAUUGGUCCGUUUCUCGUCGAAAAUAAUCCAUCUGGGUGUAACCAGCUGCUAAACGUAGCUCGUAAAGUGUUCGAACGGUGUUGGCUAGGCGUGUGGGUUUUGGCGGUCGUAGAACGUGGUCCGAUGCGUACGCGCGAGUGCGAGUGCGAGUGCGAGUGCGAGUGCGAGCGUGAACGCGAACGUGGUCGCUUACGAUCGGCCGCUACGAGAGUCGACGAGAGAAAAGCUUUCGGGCGGCAUUCGCGCACGUUUCAGGGCCACCCGCCGGAUCCCGGUAAGCCCACCGCGCCGCUUCCAUCUUUACACGGACUUUGCUUACGUCUUUGCCUCGUCAAAAUUUCCUAUCGUCUCGAGAUCUUCGAUCGUCUAUCGCCGAUCGACGUUUCUUCGACGACGCGUUCGCUCCUUUCGUUUACUCGCGUAUUCUCGCGUUUCCAUUUGCCCGAGAGAUCGGACGAUUCGAACGACCUAGUGAUAGCUAGGCCGAUCGAACGACCGAUCGAUCGAUCGUUCGAUAGAUAGAUAGGUAGAUCGUCGAUGAAAACGGGAAUGGAAGCCGGAACGUGGCCGUUGCUCGCGACGAUCGCGAUCGUUUCUCGCGACACGUGGUGCUCGACGUGAGAAUCCGAUCGUAUCGCGAGUUACAGUUUUGCGGUGGCAAAGGUGGCGAGGCGUGUUUCGACGAACGACGUCUCGUCGGAAAGAACGAAAGGGAAAGGAAGAGGUGGGAAGGGAGGAGGAGAAAGAAGCGAAAGAAGAAGAGAAAGAAAGGGAGGAAGAACGCGUGAGCAAAAGCUUCGUAUCGACGUGGUUCGCGGGAAACGAUGACUCUCGUGACAGACACGGUGUCUUACGCGUGUCAACCGGUCGGUAGACAGUCUUACGACGACGUUUACCAUCACCAUCACCUCCAACUUCGACAUCAUCAUCAUCAUCACCUUCAUCGUUACUAUCACCAUCGGCAUCACUAUCACUAUUAUCAUCAUCACCACCACCAUCGUCGACGACGAGGCGCGUACACAUCCACCGAUGAUCCAUCGAUCGAGUGCCUGCAAGGAUACCUGUCCGUGGGAAACGUGGACGAAGAAGCGAGAAAUCGAGUGGUCGAAACAGCCGAAACCGAUUCCGCGUUAGGAUCGGCCAGCUCUGACCGUUAUCGGUCACGAGCAUCGCGGUACGCGGUGGACUCGGACGACGCGUCGUCCGUUGUAUCGGUGGAUGCUUCGGCCGAUCUCGAGUCCGGUUCCGUCGAGGCCGAGGAGAGCAACGAGGGUAACGAGUCGAACGAACCGAUCGAACCCAACGAAUCGAACGAAAGAAGCAACGAGUCGAACGAGAACGAGCAUGUGCCUCAUCCUCACGUGGCACUGGACACCGCUGACACCACCGCCUCGACGCACGGACCUCGUCGGUGUCUGCUCUGGGCUUGCAAAGCCUGCAAGAAGAAGACUGUGACCGUCGAUCGAAGAAAAGCUGCUACUUUGCGUGAAAGAAGGCGCUUGAGAAAGGUGAACGAGGCGUUCGAAGUUUUGAAAAGGAGGACGAGCAACAAUCCCAAUCAACGAUUACCGAAAGUAGAAAUUCUACGGAACGCGAUCGAGUACAUCGAAGGUUUGGAAGCGUUGUUGCAGAGCAACAGAUCCUCCGUAGCUCAGGGUCGCGGUUCGACUAACGAUACGCCGGGUGCAACUUCCCCGCGAUACGUGACGGAAAGGCUGAGACAGUUCUCGGACCCUCUGGCGAGGUUUCAACCCAUCAACGGAUUCGAGGGAACGGUGGAACCGCAAUCGUCUCAGCUCAGUGGAAGCAGCUUGGAUCGCCUUAACAUGAUCGUGCAGAGCAUCAACGGACCGACUCACGGGGCCACCGACUCGCUUCGAUAUCCUUCGCAGCAGUGACACACAACGGUGUGUUACAGACACAGGUGUUCCAAAGGAAUCAUCCAUCUUUCUCAAUUCACUGUUCCUGGAACCACCGUUGAACGCAUCAUCGUGUGGAUAUAUCAAGUUCCUAAAAUGCAUCGGCUUAAACGUAUGCUCUUCUCUGUAAUAUCGCUCAAUGAUCGUUUUAUUCGAGAUAGUUUCGUUAUCAAACGACUUCUUUCAAAUGAAAUAUUUACAUACGCGCUAUCUUUCAAUUAUUUUCUGCCGAUCGUGUAAUUGAAUCGUAAUCGAAAUAAUUUAUCUGCAUCGCUUCGAUUCGAUUUUAUUCGAUACAGCGGCGGCGUGUACUAUUAAUUAUCUCUCUGUAUAUAAAUAUACAUGUAUACGUAUAUAUACAUAAGCACGUGUAUGCAGACAACACAUAUACAUAUUCAUAUACAUACAGAAAUACAUUGAUACAUUCAAAUUUAUAAAUGCGAACCAUAAUAAAAUAUAUCGGGAUACGUUAAACUAAAUAUCGCAAAAGAUAUGCGCGCUCUUGUUUAAGCUGCCUCCGUA